AUGGGAAAAAAUACACAUUCAUCACCCUUUUCUGUAUCUAAUCCGCCGAAUAACCACAAAUUGCAAAAUGGAAACUCACGCUACUCGGUUAGAGUAGUGGACCAAUCCUCAGUUAAUGGACUACAACUUGAGAAUGGAGAUGAUUUACUUAUACAUAUUCUGUCUUGGGAUUUUGAGUCGGAUUUGACUGAGGAAUAUGGCGAGAAUGAGGAUAGAAUAAGAGCCAAAAUUAAAUGGCCAUUUAAAUUACAGCCUUUGAAAACCCGUUUUGAAAGGACUAGUGAUUAUAUAUUUAAUUUUUUCCCUCUCUUCCUUAUAGAAUGCUCUCAAAUCCUCUUCAAAGCUAAAACGCUAAAUAAUGACGAAGAGUUCACAUUCACAGUCCUCUUUGCCAAUGUGGACAAGUGUUUCUUGCAAAUGACACUAAUCGCAGACGCUGGAAAUUUAAAACAAUCAUUAUCUGACCAAUUCUCCACUGGAGAUUUGGUGGUUUUGAAGAUUCAACAUAUUUCCAUAAUGGCGUUCAUCAAGCAAUCUUUUUCAUCUAGCAUACGGAUAGAGAUAUUGAUACAUCCGGCAAAAUCCAACGUUAUCGCCUAUAAUAACAGAGAUUUAGAUCGCUUUGACGUCCUACAGCAGCUAUUUGCCCCUAUUUCCAACAAAUCAAACCAGGUAAAUUCUAAAUCCACAGCACAAAAGUUGACCGUGGUACUAAAAAAGGUCCUCAGCAUCACUACUUUGAUGAGGGAAUACAAGACCCUUUGUACGAUAAACAAGCUGUUUCUAAGGGAUUGGAUAUUGGGUCUUAAUGUCGAAGAGAUUAGUAACCUAUCAGAAAUAGAUAUGCUGGCGCUUGAAAAUGAAUUUUAUGAUAUACCAAUAGAGCUAACAAAUACACUAAUUCGCAAGUACAACAAGGGACAGUUACUGGCCAUUUGCAACAGCAUGCGACGCCAGGGCAUUACUUUGAUUCAGGGCCCUCCUGGCUCAGGAAAAACCACGACCAUCAUAGCCAUCAUCAGUUGCAUACUACACGGCAAAAAUCAUUCCAAAUCACACACUACACUCGCAAUAAAUGACCAAAAACACAACACUUGUUGUGAUAGAUAUCCAUGGUUUCGCAAAGAUUACAUUAACUGGACAGACCAAGACAGAGAGGCAGAUGAUAUAAUCUUUUACGAAAACUCCACCAACCAAGAUGAAAACGUCAACAUAUAUGACUGUAUUAGCAGAAGUGAAUGGCGUAAUACAGUCAAAGGCAAGUUAUUAACAGUACCAUCGUAUGCAGAUCCAUUCAAACGGGUGCUUAUAUGUGCCCCUUCCAACGCCGCUGUCGAUGAAAUCGUUAAAAGGUUGACUAAAUCGGUAGAGCUUGAUGGCGGAAUAUUUGGUGCCGACGGAAAGCGUUUUCAGCCUGUGGUCACACGUGUUGGGCCAAAUAUACACCCGGAUCUUCUCGAGUACAGCUUGGAGGUCAAGGCAGAUAAGACCCUGAAAUUGAACAGGGGGGUUAACCAGUUCAAAGGGACUAUCAAGCAGAACAUUUUGCUCCAAUCUCAGGUAAUAUGUGCCACUCUUAGCGUUUGUGGAUCGUCCGAACUUUCGGGAUUUGCAGGGCACUUAGACGCUUUGAUUGUAGACGAGGCGACACAGGGCGUGGAAUUAUCGAACUUAAUUGCAAUCAGUUUGAAUUCUAUUAAACGGGUAAUUCUAGUUGGAGAUCCAUGCCAACUACCAGCAACUGUAUGUUCCAGAUUCGCUAUACAACUUGGGUACAAUCAGUCUUUGUUCCAAAGGCUACAGGCCUGCGGCCAUUUCAUAAAUUUAUUAGAUGUGCAGUACAGGAUGUGCACUGAGAUAUCAAGAUUCCCAUCGGAGACAUUUUAUCAUGGUAGAUUAAAGGACUGUGAUGAGAUUCACAAAAUUAGGCCCCUGGUAGAUUGGUACGACUUGCCCAUACUAAGGCCCACUGUUUUUUUUUCCAUAGAAUCAAAGGAGAUACGCGCUGAAACCUCUUAUGCCAAUGAGAUAGAAGUGGAGCUGACUUGUCAGUUGAUUGAAGUGAUAUUGGGAUUUGCGGAGAAAAUUCCCGUUCAUAAGAUUGUGGAAAGCAUUGGGGUAAUUACUCCCUACUCUGCCCAAGUGGCCUUGCUUACUGACGCAAUUAGCAAACGGUUUAAGGGUUUAGGCACUGUUGAUGUAUCUACUGUGGAUGGAUUUCAGGGAAGGGAGAAGGAAAUUGUUAUAUUCAGUGCCGUUAGGACGUUGGGACAUGGCAAUGUGCAUCAAGCAAUCAUUAAUGGGAAGAUGCAAUUGCUCAGUGGCGAUAGAUUAGAUGGAUUUGAUAUAAAAAAUUUAACUAGUUUUUCUGACAGGAUGUCUGAGACUUUUAUAUCCGACCAACGUCGAAUUAAUGUGGGGAUUACACGGGCACGAACCAACUUAUUCAUAAUUGGCAACCCACACUAUUUGUUAGACCACAUAUUUUGGCUUAAAUUGUAUUAUUAUUACAAGAAGAAUGACAUGAUCUUUUACGUCCCUAACGAUAUGUUUGACAAGCAGGGGGAUUUGUAUGGGCUUCGCCUGUGGAUAUCUAGCUAUUUCAAGGCCAAUCCUCAUUUGUGCGAUCGGUUCAGCAAAAUUGCACCCAAAUUCGUAUCAACCAUUAUUUCAUUAGAAAAACAGGAUGUUUAG